CAAAACCCUAGCUACUUGCCAUAGUUGAGACAAAGGAGAAGAGGAGGAGAGGUUUAUAUACUACUUUAAGAUACAUGCAGGCAGUAAAGCCUUCCCCUUCGCUCAUUGCUUUGAAGCCUCGCCAAGUUGUUCUUUCUUCGAACCCAACCAUGAAAACCCAGGCUUCUGCUCCCUCAUUGACCCCCCACCAAAACUCUCUUCUCCUCCUCUCCGUUGCCCACUUUCUGCAACGCAAGUCCUUCUCCAAAACCCUCAAGAAGUUUCACUCCGAAGCCCAAAUCCAGAAAAAUGAUUUGACAGGGUCUUCCCUGGAUUUGGAAGAAAUGUGCUGCAAGUAUCUGUCUAUAAGUGACCCUUACAGCUCAAAUUUAAACAAAGAGCAGCUCAAUGAUAUGCAGGGGGAUGGUAAUCCUAAUAGUGAUGGACAAGUUGACAUUGCUUCUACCCUUACCAAGAAAAAGAAGAAAAGAGGCAAUGAGAGUAAUGUGGACAAUAUAGGUCAAUCUGAAGUUGAUGAUAAAUCUGCCAAUUCUAAGAAAAUUGAGGAGCAAGUUUCCAAAGAAGCGUUGAAGGAAUCUGCUAUUGACAGUGCGAGUGGGUUGCAGUCGAAUGAGCGUGCUAAGAAAGAGAAGGAGAAAAAGAAGAAGAAAAUCAAAUUGGAUGAAUCUCAUGUUGAUAGUGUGGAAUAUAAUGGAGGGACUGAUGCUGGGAUAGAGGGUAAAAGUAAGGAUAAGAAGAAAAAGAAAAACAAGCUGACUUCUGAUUCAUUAGUUGAAGGUGCUGCACAUGUUUCAGAGGACACGCAAAAUGCUGCUACCACUACAAAUGCUAAUGACAUACCAUUGGAAGAUAAGACUUCCAAAUCUAAGAAAAAGAAAAAGAAGGAUGAUUCUGAAGAUGUAGAGAAAGGAAAAUCCAAAGAUGAUGAAAACAGGAUCUCGAAGGUGGAUUCAACAGUCACAGAUGAUAAAAUUUCCAAGAAAAGGAAAAGAUUGGAUUCCGAAGUACAUGACACUCAACCUGUUAAUGAAAAUGCUAUUGAAGACUCUAAACGUAGGAAGAUGGAAACUACAGAAGAACAAUUAAAUUCAUUGGUGGAUGGGAACAUUGAGAAAAACAGAAAGCAUUCUGAGCAAAAGAGCUCGAAGAAGCAGCAAAAUGGCUCAGCUCAACCAAAGAAACCAUUUCAAAGAGUGAAUGUUGAGGAGGUAGUAUUCGUUGAUAGCAGGCUUGAAGAUAAUUCAUACUGGGCAAAGGAUGGUGCUGAAACUGGAUAUGGUGCAAAAGCACAGGAAGUUCUAGGCCAAGUAAAAGGAAGGGGUUUCCGGCAUGAGAAGACCAAGAAGAAGCGUGGAUCGUACAGGGGAGGACAGAUCGAUUUCAAUUCGCACUCGGUAAAAUUCAAUUAUUCGGAUGAUGAGUAAUACUGAUGGGGCCUGCAAUACAUUUUUAUCCUUUUCCUGCAAUUGAGGAAAUAGUGAAAUAUAUUUUAAGUGGAACUCAAUGGUAAUGCUUGUGUUCGUCUAUCUAGUAUCCGCUGCUGUUUUGUUAGGGUCAGUAGUUUCA